AUGGAAUGGUGCUGUGCCCCGGGCCAGCAGGCUGGGCUCACCAUGGUGCUGGGUGCCAUCCUGGCACGUGGGAGGGACGUGUGCAAGCGGAAUGGACUGCUCAUCCUGUCUGUGCUCUCUGUCACCGUGGGCUGCCUCCUUGGCUUCUUCCUGAGGACCCGGCGCCUCUCACCCCAGGAAAUUAGUUACUUCCAGUUUCCGGGAGAGCUCUUGAUGAGGAUGUUGAAGAUGCUGAUCCUUCCACUGGUAGUUUCCAGCUUGAUGUCCGGCCUCGCCUCCCUGGAUGCCAAGACCUCCAGCCGCCUGGGCAUCCUCACCGUGGCAUACUACCUGUGGACCACCUUCGUGGCGGUCAUCGUGGGCAUCAUCAUGGUCUCCAUCAUCCAUCCGGGUGGCGCAGCCCAGAAGGAGAUGACUGAGCAGAGCGGGAAGCCCAUCAUGAGCUCAGCCGACCCCCUGCUGGACCUCAUUCGGAACAUGUUCCCAGCCAACCUGGUGGAAGCCACAUUCAAGCAGUAUCGCACCAAGACCACCCCCGUUGUCAAGUCCCCCACGGUAGCAUCAGAGGAGGCCCCUUCUCGGCGGAUCCUCAUCUACGGGAUCCAGGAGGAGAAUGGCUCUCGUGUGCAGAACUUCGCCCUGGACCUGACACCCCCUCCAGAGGUCGUUUACAAGUCAGAGCCCGGCACCAGCGAUGGCAUGAACGUGCUGGGCAUCGUCAUCUUCUCUGCCACCAUGGGCAUCAUGCUGGGCCGCAUGGGUGACAGCGGGGCCCCGCUGGUCAGCUUCUGCCAGUGCCUCAACGAGUCUGUCAUGAAGAUCGUGGCCGUGGCUGUGUGGUACUUCCCCUUUGGCAUCGUGUUUCUCAUCGCUGGCAAGAUCCUGGAGAUGGACAACCCCACGACCGUAGGAAAGAAGCUGGGCUUCUAUGCAGUCACCGUGGUGUGCGGGCUGGUCGUCCAUGGCCUCUUCAUCCUGCCCCUGCUCUACUUCUUCAUCACCAAAAAGAACCCCAUCGUCUUCAUCCGCGGCAUCCUCCAGGCCCUGCUCAUCGCGCUGGCCACCUCCUCCAGCUCAGCCACAUUGCCCAUCACCUUUAAGUGCCUGCUGGAGAACAACCACAUUGACCGGCGCAUUGCCCGCUUUGUGCUGCCCGUGGGCGCCACGAUCAACAUGGAUGGCACUGCGCUCUACGAGGCUGUGGCUGCCAUCUUCAUUGCCCAGGUCAACAACUACGAGCUGGACUUCGGCCAGAUCAUCACCAUCAGCAUCACAGCCACUGCAGCCAGCAUUGGGGCAGCUGGCAUCCCCCAGGCCGGGCUCGUCACCAUGGUCAUCGUGCUCACCUCCGUGGGCCUUCCCACCGACGACAUCACCCUCAUCAUCGCUGUCGACUGGGCUCUGGACCGUUUCCGCACCAUGAUUAACGUGCUGGGGGAUGCACUGGCUGCUGGGAUCAUGGCUCACGUCUGCCGGAAAGACUUCGCUCAGGACACGGGCCCCGAGAAACUGCUGCCCUGUGAGACCAAGCCUGUGAGCCUCCAGGAGAUUGUGGCAACUCAGCAGAAUGGCUGUGUGAAGAGCGUGGCUGAGGCCGCAGAACUGACCCUGGGCCCCUCCUGUCCCCACCACGUCCCCGUCCAGGUGGAACAGGAUGAGGAACCAGCUACCACCAGUCUGGACCACUGCACCAUUGAGAUCAGCGAGCUUGAGACCAACGUCUGA